GCAUUAAUAGUGCAGGAUUUUGCUGUGGAUUUAACAUUCACAUUAUUAAGGGUUAAUAAUACUCCACAUUUAGUGAUUCCAAAUAUGGUGUUCCUCAUUGUACCACAUGUAGUCAAUUUCUUAUUGGCUAUAAAUAUUUUUUUGUCUGAAGUAGCCACAAAUCCAAUGUUCUAUACUUGGUUUUCAGAGCUUCCAACACUAUUGUCAAUUUGUACAAUAUUUUCAGCCAUUGAUGUACUAGCAAUAAAUACUUUGACAUCAAAUUUAUUUGGUCUCAAAGUAUUUUCAGCCCCAUUGUCACAAAGAUCAAGAAAUAUUAUACUUUGGGGUAGUUUCAUAAAUAUUUUUGCUGAAGAUAUACCACAAUUGAUUAUACAGAUAUUAUACUUUAAUAGUGUUGUGACGUAUGAUCUUAUUCCAUCACUUGUACUUAUAUCUGGUGGAUUAGUUAUAAUGAAUAAACUAAUUUUAAGAUCAUUUCAUAUGUUAAUAAGAUGGUGUCAUCGGCAUGAUGAAAUUAUAGAUUUUAAUAGAAAUAGACAUUUAUCAGCCGGUUCUAUAAGAUCAAUUAGGUCAAAUGUUUAGCAUUUUAC